GAGAAAACGGGAGCCCGGCGCUUCUGCCUCCCCCGCCCCCCCUCCCUCCCCGUCUGGCUCCGGCGCUGAGGCACCGUAGCAGGCUACCUUCGCCGCCUUCCUGGGCUGCCUGUCCUUGUCAGCCGCCGCUGCUCUUCGCCACCCGCCCGGCCGGGCCCGCCGCAGGCCUGAGAGAGAGGCGGGAAGGAUGCCCUGCACACCCCGCCGCUGAGGGAGACUCGGGGGCCCUGACCGCCGCGUCUGGCCAGCCCCACCCCAGCCGCUCCUCGGUCCUCCGCCUCUAGAGGCACGGAGCUUGCUUCACCCUUAUUCCCCUUUCCCUGGGCUUCCUAUCUGCUGGGCUGAGCGCUAGCCGCUUCCUCCUAGCCCCCAGCCCGCUCCGCCUCCCAGGCCUCCUUGCCCAGGCCUUCCCUUCUCCGGGUCUCUCCCUCUGCCUAGGGCCUUCGGGCUCUUCACCUUCCUUCCCCCUCUCCCUUCCCCUUCCCUGCCCGGAGCCAUGUCCUCUGCCGCUCGUUUCGAUUCGUCGGACCGCUCCAGCUGGUACGUGGGCCCGGUGUCUCGGGCGGAGGCGCAGACGCGGUUGCAGGGGCAGCGGCAUGGCAUGUUCCUGGUGCGGGACUCCUCCACCUGCCCGGGGGACUACGUGCUCUCGGUGUCUGAGAACUCCCGGGUUUCCCACUAUAUCAUUAACUCCUUGCCCAACCGCCGCUUUAAGAUCGGCGACCAGGAGUUUGAGCACCUGCCCGCCCUGCUGGAGUUCUACAAGAUCCACUACCUGGACACCACCACCCUCAUCGAGCCUGCGCCCAGGUAUCCAAGUCCACCAAUGGGAUCUGGAUCUGCCCCUGCUAUGUCCACUGCAGACGAAAAUGUGGAAUGUGUUCGGACUCUCUAUGACUUUCCUGGCAAUGAUGCUGAGGAUCUUCCAUUUAAAAAGGGCGAGAUACUGGUAAUUGUAGAGAAGCCUGAAGAACAGUGGUGGAGUGCCAGAAACAAGGAUGGUCGGAUUGGGAUGAUUCCUGUUCCUUAUGUAGAAAAGCUAGUCAGAUCUACUCAUGGGAAGCAUGGAAACAGGAAUUCCAACAGUUACGGUAUUCCAGAACCCGCCCAUGCUUAUGCUCAACCUCAAACCGCAAGUCCCCUUCCCUCGGUAUCCAAUACACCUGGAGCAGUGAUCAAUCCUCUGCCAUCAACACAGAAUGGACCGGUCUAUGCCAAAGCUAUCCAAAAGAGAGUACCCUGUGCUUAUGACAAGACUGCGUUGGCAUUAGAGGUUGGAGAUAUUGUGAAGGUUACAAGGAUGAAUAUAAACGGUCAGUGGGAAGGAGAAGUCAAUGGUCGAAAAGGGCUCUUCCCAUUCACACAUGUCAAAAUAUUUGACCCUCAAAACCCAGAUGAGAACGAAUGAUUCCCUCUGCCCAAUUUACACUGCUGCUUCAUUUUCCUGGCUAUCAUUAGCAUUGUUUGAGGUGGGAUGAUGACUUAAUGGCACAUUGCUAGCAUUGCCCAUUUUCCAGCUUGCUGCAGUUUGAUGGUUCUUUUAAUAUACAUUUGGAAUACAUUCAACUGAAGUCACUGCCUGACCUUCAUACCAUAGUUGCGUCAUCCAGAAUUUAGUUUCACUUUUAAAACUCUAUUGGGCCUUAAGCUGGAGAAGACUGAACCAGUAUAUAGCAGAGAAGUAUGGGAAGAAAACCUUUCCUGUUGAGACUCCCAUGGACUUUUUCUGGCUUGCUCAGUAGGAAGAGCCCUAAUCUUAGAUCAAACAUGCAACUUGUGCAUUACUGUCCAACAAAAAGCAACAAUAAAAAUGCAAUUUUAGGACUGAAGAAGACUUAGUUUUAAGAGAACCUGUCCUAAGGUAGUACAUUUAAAAUGAUGGUCUCUUUAAAAGACAAUAAUUGAAGCUUAUGUAUUCUAAGCAGUUGUAUUAGAAGCUACUCUUUUCUGUUAACUCUUAAGCUUGUUGUUGACCUUCCUGAAAUGGUGUGUGUUAAAUGCAAAUAACCAUUGAUUGAGCUGCAUUGAAGCCAAGACAUUUAUUUAUAAGGAAACUUAGGAGGGGUUGAUACUUGUAACCUGGUUUUGACAUACUUAACGCAUUUCAGUUGAUUUUUGCAAGCACUAACUGUAGAAAGUGAGCUUUAAAGGGAAACACUUUGGCCUGGUCUACAUACAGCUCUUCUGCAGUGUUGAAACUGUAGUUUUAUAGUAUAGAAGUCCUUGUCACCAAGCUGUUACUUGGUAGACAGACUGAUCAGGUUGCCAUCGUGUGAAGAGGUAGGAAAGGAGUGGGACAGAAGAACUUGAUAAGUACUGGUAAAAUCCUCCUAUUUAAACGUACACCUUUUAUACCCAUUUCUCUGCAGGCUCCCUUACCUCUCCAAAGUUUCCUAGCUAUGCCAGCCCCAGCUUGUUGAAAGCUUCUUUUCAAACACAGUACCUUUUUUCUAGGGUGUCUCCACAUUGCUUUGCUUCUUUUCCAGUGCUGCUUUCAUCUUUUUUUUUUUCCUCUCCCUCUUUUUCCUUGCUUGAAUCCUAAGGCCUCUGCAUGCUGCCAUCUUUUUUUUUUUUUUUUUUUAACCUUUCCAAAUGAGUUGGCUCUGGUUUAUAUAUGUCCCAGAUCCCUCCCCCUCCCAGCACCCUCUAGAAAAUGGUUAAUUGGGGUCAGCUGCCUGGGUUCCCCAUGUGAUAAAUUAAUGCCCAGGCUGGAGGAGGCCACAAAGGUGUCUAUUAUCAGUAUAGCUUCUUUCCCUUUUUCUGUACAUAAGCUAUACUGCUGUAAUUGUACUUACAGUAGGGAACUAUAUGGCUAGAGCUAAAUAAAUACAAUUCAAGCCAUGCAGGUUAAGUCCUUAGCCUGUGUACAGGAUAUGAAAGCUUAGGUACAGGCUCUGCUGCCUUCUUUAAAUGUGUUUUGUAGGUGAACUGGAAUGCUCUUUUAAAAAUAAUGGAACACUGAAUUAACAGAAUACACGUCUGCAAAGACUACAACUACACAACCUCCCUUUUCAGACGGCCUGGUUGAAGAAAAAUGUCUGGUGUGGAAGCUGACAGGAAAACAGCAGCCCCCAUUUUUCAACUUUUGAAGGCUGUCCGUUGUAGCAAAAUGAGAAACUUCAGACACCCGCAGAAUCUCACCAGUUCUUAUAAAUGUCAAAUUAUAUAAAAGUUGUUGUCUUAAGUUCCAGCAUGUUUUCUUGUUGAUUUGUGUUGCUUGAUCCUAAUAAAAGCACGUUGUUCUUAGCUCAUGUGAAAGUGCCAUGAGAUCCUUAAUUGGAAGGCACUGAAGAAAUGCAAAAAAUGGCAUUUGCAAUGAGACAUUAAAAAUGUCGGGGUUUUUAAAGAAGUCUCUCUGUUCAUCUGUUAGCUAUUUUCUGUAGUAUUGAUCAAGUGGCUGACAGUCUAGACGUUCUUGUAGAGCAUUUUACUACCAAAUUAACUGUGAAGUAGAGUAGCAUUGACUGAAGUGUUUGGUGCUGUAAGAGUAAUUCUUGACAAUAGGCAUUGACAUUUUUGUCUUGCAGAGAAAAGCUAUGCAGCUCUCUUAACUAAAGAAGGUCAUGUUUUUCCUGUGUCCCAACUAUACCUGUACGUUUACUACAUAGAUUGUACUACUGAAAGUCAUCUUUUGAAUACAGAAACUGCACUAAACUCAGUCUGCUGCAGAGAAAUCUGAUUUCAGACCUGACAUAGUUACAGGCAGCUCUUCAGAAGACUGAUUGUAGAAUUCUUCCUUUGCAUGGUAAAUAAAUACUGUGAGAUUUGAGAUCUUGA